UCGCGUGGGCGGGUCUUGCCCGCGUGUGUAUAAUGUGUCGCUGAAACUCCAUCCUCCUCCAUCACCCGCCGUUCUGCAGCGUUCAGCAGCGUUCAGCCUAGAACUUCAACGUCAAUGUAUUACGCCAGACUUGUGCCGACCUUUUCCAAGGCGGCCUCGGACGGCAUUCGGAGCAUCGCCGUCUCAUCCGGCCGGAGACUGCGCUCCACCGUUGCCUCCAAACGGCGCGAUCCGGUUGCGGAGGAACAGCCAUCCGACCCCACAUGCACGGUGGUGAAGAAAGCCGCCCAGGUCGACCUGAUCAGCCAAACCGGUACCGCCACGCAGGAUGUCCGGAUCAGCAGCAUCUCGGUCGACUUCGAAAACACCAAAGAAGCGUACAGAAGCAAGGACACGCUCGAGCUGCUCAGAAGUUUGCUGGUCUUCAAACUUUGCUCAUAUGACUUUCUGGUUGAUAGGAACAAGGAGCUUAUGGACAUGACCAGGAAGCUCCUGGGCCAGAAGAUGUUUGAGAGGUUGAUGAAAAUGACCUUCUACGGGCAAUUUGUGGCUGGGGAAGAUCACGAGGCUAUCAAGCCGUUGGUCCAAAAGAACCGGGCUUUUGGCGUGGGGUCGGUCCUAGACUAUAGCGUGGAGGAGGACCUCACCCAGGAGGAGGCUGAGAAGAAGGAGAUGGAUUCAUGCAUGUCUGAAGUGGAAAAAACAAGCCCAGGCACGGAGCACCGUGAGAAGCAGUACCAGGCACACCGGCGGUUUGGUGAUCGGCGAGGGGGAGUGACCAGUGCCCGCACCUACUUCUACGCUGACGAGUCUAAAUGUGACCAGCACAUGGAGACCUUCCGCAACUGCAUCCGUGCCUCGGGUGGGAGCUCUGAGGACGGCUUUUCAGCCAUCAAAUUGACCGCUUUAGGAAGGCCUCAGUUCUUGCUCCAGUUCUCGGAGGUGCUGGUGAAGUGGAGACGCUUCUUCGGGUUCUUGGCAGCUCAGCAGGGAAAGGAAGGUCUGGCGGCGUUGGAGCAGAGGUUGGAGCUGGAGCAGUUGCAGGACAGCUUGGCGAAGCUGGGAGUGGCCGGCAAGGAAGAUCUCCACAACUGGUUCACGGGGGAGAAACUGGGAUUGUCUGGGACUAUAGACUUGCUGGACUGGAACAGUCUGAUUAAUGACAGGACCAAGAUCUCAAAUCUACUGGUUGUCCCAAAUCUUCAGACUGGACAUUUGGAGCCGCUGCUUAGCAAAUUUACAGACGAGGAGGAGAGGCAGAUGAAGAGGAUGCUGCAGAGGAUUGACGUACUUGCCAAGCACGCCUUGAGCGAAGGCGUCAGGCUGAUGGUGGACGCCGAGCAAACCUAUUUCCAGCCAGCAAUCAGCAGGUUGACCUUGGAGAUGCAGAGGAUUUUCAACAAGGAAAAGCCCAUCAUCUUCAAUACCUAUCAGUGCUAUCUCAAGGAGGCCUAUGACAAUGUAUCUGUGGAUGUGGAGCUGUCCCGGCGGGAGGGCUGGUACUUUGGGGCUAAGCUGGUGCGUGGGGCCUACAUGCAGCAGGAGAGGAGCCGGGCGGCGGAGGUCGGCUAUGAGGACCCCAUUAACCCUGAUUAUGAGGCCACCAACCGGAUGUACCACAGGUGUCUGGACUUUGUGCUGGAAGACAUUGAGCACAGGAGGAAAGCCAACAUUAUGGUGGCUUCGCACAAUGAAGACACUGUCAAGUUCACCUUGCAGAGGAUGAACGAGAUGGGUCUCUCCCCCACGGAGAACAAAGUCUACUUUGGUCAGCUGCUGGGCAUGUGUGACCAGAUCAGCUUCCCCCUUGGCCAGGCUGGAUUCCCAGUGUACAAGUAUGUGCCCUAUGGUCCCGUAAAUGAGGUCAUACCAUACCUAUCGCGCCGCGCACAGGAGAACCGUGGCAUCAUGAAGGGGUCGACUCGAGAGCGCCACCUGCUGUGGAGAGAGCUCAAGCGCAGGCUGGCUAGCGGGGAGCUCCUGUACAGUCCAGCCUUAUAAGAGCGGUGGUUUUGUAGAGGGAAGGUAAGGGAAGGGUGGGAGACAGUGUGUAACACUUCUGGUUCAUAGCUCUUGUGAACUGAAAAUCAAAGGAGCUGCAUUCGUUUGAGACGGAACGGGAAAUUCUGUGUUUUUUUAUAUCUUUUCAGGCUCCCUUAGCGUGAACUUCUACCGUAGUGUAAACUUCUGUUAAGGUUUAAUAUAGUACAGCCUGUAUCAUUGAUUGCUCAUAAUACCCUGUGCCUUGUUCUUUCUUAAGCUGUACAUACUUCUGUUCCUCGUCUUGUCCGUAUGUAAUAUGUCAUGGUUCCUUCUCAGCUGCAAAACUGAACAGUGUUAAGACUCAUCUACAAGUGUGAGGACUAGCAGAAAAUUAACACAAAGGCUUCUGGUAACAAUAUAAAUAAACGUACUGUAAUUAUUUUGGUAACGGUCAUCUGGUUACACUCCGGCACUCCGGUUUGUCGGUUUCUGUGAAAAGCUUUGUUUAGGGCUUGUUCCAGAUAGACGAAGAUGGGAUUUUCAUGGAUACUUGUUCAGAAUGCUUGUUCAUGUAUGACAUGGUUGUAUGUGUGUUUAAUGUGCCUUGUACAUUGCAGAAUGUACACUAAAACAAAAACAACCCAACCCGGGUUAACUGGCAACCCAGCGCAGGGUGAAUAUUGGACAGAACACACACUGGGUUACUGUGACCCAGUCUCUAGAGUUACGUAUUUUAAUGAUGGUGCGUGUUCGUUACAACUGCCCACCCACUGCUAAAUGAAAUUUACUAUUAGUACAUUUGUCUUCUACUAUUAAAUACAUAUUAGCACCACAUUAACACCAUCUUUGUCAAGUGAUUGUAUAAAAUAUAUUCACUUGACAAAUUCUUAAUGUUGUAAAUAUUUAUUACUGUUAAUGUUAGCUGACAAUAGACGAGACGGUCUAACGUUAUUCAGAGAGGAGUUAAAUGUAAAACUUGCAUUAUUGUUGAUAUUUAGAAUCGAACUUUAUUCAGAAUUAUAUUACAAAAUUACAAAUAUUACAAUGAUGAUAUUACAUAUAUUAUAAUAUUACAAAUAUUAUAAGACAGUGAGUUGAAAUUUACAUCUGUGCGAGUAUAUAAAGCAUAUCACGUCUGUGUGAAAGGGCAUAUGUAUUAUGUAGAGCAGGGAUGGGGAAUCUGUUCCAUGGAGGGCCGGUGCAGCUUUUUGGGAUGAUCUCUCCAUCAGCCAAUAAUAAAACUCUGGUCCUGGGGACCCACUGUCAUUGGCUGAUUGAGAGGCCAUCCCAAAAACCCGUUCCGGCCCUCCAUGGAACAGGUUCCCCACCCCUGAUGUGGAGUUACACAACUUUUAAAGUGCCUCACCUUAUUAAAGUGUUCCUGCAAACUGAUUUAUUCCAAUGAAGUGUAAAUUACACAUGGAUUGUUAAAUGUGUUCUGUUGGGAAGUGCUAAGCUAUGGCAGUUUUAGAGUGAAUUUUCCUUUUUCUCUCACCAAAAUAGCUUGGUGUUUCUCAUAUUUUUCAAGCCUGCUGUAAAUCAGUCCUUGAUUUAUAAGGAUUACGAUCUGUUUUGCUGGCUUUGUGAUGGUAUCUGCCUUCCUGCGUCCUUAAGUGUUUAAAAAUAAAAGAGCCAUAAAUCACACUGCAUUCUCCAGUAAACAUGAUUCUCACAUCA